AUACUCCAUUGCAUUUCUUCUUGUACUCAUACCAACACAAACCAUUCACAGGUCCACACACACCCUAUUUACAUACAUACCACCAUGGUCCACCCAAACUCCCGAACCGUCGGCGACACCGAGCGCAGCUGGUGCCGCGCCGUCCGAGGCGGCACUGGCAUCGCCGUCCUCGCCCUCCGAACCUCCAAGGCCCCCAACAUCUCCCACCUCCAAGCCUCCCUCCGAAGCCUCCAAACCUCCCACCCAAUCCUGAGGUCCCGACUCCUACACAACAACAACACAUUCUCCUUCCUCACCUCCCCCACCUCCUCCUUCACACUAACCUCCCUCACCCUCCCCACUAACGUCUCCGACCCCCUUACCCAGAUCCUCGAACUCGAACUCAACCGCAACACGUGGCACGACUCCACCGACGACCACGUCUUCUUCGCCACCGUCUACACCCUCCCCAACGCUAACACCUGGGUGGUAGCACUGAGACUCCAUGUCUCCGCCUGUGACCGUACCACCGCGCUGUUACUUCUCAGGGAGUUGCUUACUCUCAUGGAAGGAGAUCAUGGCGCUGGCCAGGACAACGAUAAUCACAAAGAGGAACCUAGUUUGGCCAUUGAAGAUCUCGUGCCACGUGGCAAGGGCAAGAAGCCUGUCUGGACACGUGGCCUUGACAUGCUCGCGUACUCGCUUAACUCUCUCAGACUCUCCAAUUUGAAGUUCGUUGACGCCAAAAACCCUAGGUUUUCGCAGGUGGUUAGGUUGCAACUCAACCAAAACGAGACCAAGGCAGUUCUAGCAGGUUGCAAGUUGAGUGGGAUAAAACUGUGUGGAGCAGUUGUUGCUGCCGGGUUAAUGGCGACCCAUGGCUCAAAACUGAGGUCCAAGAAGUAUGGAGUCGUCACCCUCACUGAUUGCCGAUCCAGUCUUGACUCAGCCCUCACUGACAAUUUUGGAUUUUACCACUCUGCCAUUCUGAAUUCGCACGAGAUGAAGGGUGGGGAAACCCUAUGGGAGCUAGCCAAGAAGACAUACCAAACCCUCGCCCACUCCAAGAACUGCAACAAGCAUUUUUCGGACAUGGCAGAUUUGAACUUUCUCAUGUGCAGGGCAAUAGAGAACCCUAGCUUGACGCCCGCCGCCUCGCUCAGGACCUCCUUGAUGUCGGUCUUCGAGGAGACCGUCGUCGACAACGGCGGCGCCAAGCAGCGCCAGAUCGGGGUUGAGGACUACAUGGGUUGCGCCUCCGUGCACGGUGUGGGACCCUCCAUUGCGGUUUUCGACACCAUUCGGGAUGGGAGCUUGGAUUGCGUGUGCGUGUACCCAGCGCCGUUGCACUCGCGGGAACUCAUGCAGGAGCUUGUUGGGAAGAUGAAGGCUAUCCUCGUUGAAGCUGCAAACGGAUACACGGGAUAAUUCUCCUCUAGACAUUUAUAGUUAAAAAAUUAUCAUUUUUAUAUUUCUUACAUUGAAUUCUUAAUUUAGUUUAUUUAUAUAACAGCUUAUUAUAUUAGGUAUGGAUCAUAUAUUAUGGAUUUGGCACCUGCUGUUAUACAUUGAUACUUCACUAUUUAUGUAAUUUUAAUUUAAUUCAUAUAUUGUAAUGUAUUAUUGAUUUUAUCAUUA